AUGGAAUGUUAUAAUAUCAAUGAAGCAAACACUUUCCAUAAUGUAGUAUUAAAAAUAAAGGAAAAUAUCGAUAAAUAUUAUUUAAAUAAAUGGAGAGAUAUAGUAAAACCUGAGAAUGAGGUUUUAUAUAACAAAUAUUUUGAACAAUUAAUAGAACAGGAAGAAAAUAUAAAAUAUGACAUUAAAGAUUAUAUACAAUUUAAUGGUAUUGAAAAUAUACAGAAUGAAAACUUGAUGGAUUAUGAGUUAAAAAAUAAUGAUAUGAAUAAUAAGAAUAUAAAUAAUAUAAAUAAUAUAAAUAAUAUAUAUAAUGAAUGUGAUAAUUCUUAUAAUGUAAAAAAAGCAAAAUUAAAGGAUAAUGAUAGAUAUGAAAUAAAUAAAAAAUAUUUUGAUAAUAUAAGCCAUAAAGAAAAGUUUUAUUUUUUAUUACAAAUAAAAGAAAUGAUGGAAACUAGUUGGUUAUUGGCCCAAAAAAGAAUGGAAGGUGUUGAUUUAGAAGAAAAAUCAGAUUCAGUUAAUCUAUUAGAAUUAAUAAAUUAUUCUAAAAAAAUUGCAGAUACUACAUGUGCACCACCUGAAUGUGAUAACACAAACGAUAAAAUAAUGCAUCAGGAAUAUUACCCAAAUUAUCACUUUCUUAAUUUUGUAAAUAUUGAAGAAAUACAUUUAUCUAAAUUAUUUCAACUACAAAAAUAUAGUAAAGUCUGCUUUCCUCCUAUUAUAACAUUACAAGAAGAAAAAAAUAAUAAUCAACUAACUAUUACUAUUACAUGUUCAACUAUCGAGUCUAUUAUACAUUAUAAAGUAAAUGAUGAAACAAAUUAUCAUUUAUAUAACCAUGAUAAUAAGCCAAUUAUACCUAAAAAGAAAAAAGUUAUUAUAUAUGCUUGGUCAAUUAAAGAGGGCUUCAUAAAAUCAAGAAUCUCAUGUUUAUCAAAAUCAUAUGAUGUGCAAGAUGAUAAUGAUGAAGAUAUUUUAACAAAAGAUAAAAAUGUAAUUCAAAAUGAUAUAUCUAAAAAAAAUGAUAAUUCAAAUAAAACUUCAUCUGCUACUAGUGUAUUUAAAAGUUUAGGAUUCCUUCUAAGUAAAAAAAAAGUUAAGUCAUCAGAAUCAUCAUCACAUGAUCAAUCAAGUGAAGAGGAUUGA